CACGGCGCAGGCGUGGAGUGCGCGAGUCGUUUCGCGAGGCGGAGGCUGUUCGUCGGCCUCCGCGCGGGUCCGGGGCGCGGAGCCGGGUCGCUGCGGCGCGGGCGUCAUGUCAGACAACGAGGACAACUUUGAUGGCGACGACUUUGAUGACGUGGAGGAGGAUGAAGGACUAGAUGACUUGGAGAAUGCUGAGGAGGAGGGCCAGGAGAACGUGGAGAUCCUCCCCUCCGGAGAGCGACCGCAGGCCAACCAGAAGCGAAUCACCACCCCGUACAUGACCAAGUACGAGCGAGCCCGCGUGCUGGGCACCCGCGCCCUCCAGAUCGCGAUGUGCGCCCCAGUGAUGGUGGAGCUGGAAGGGGAGACGGACCCCUUGCUCAUCGCCAUGAAAGAGCUCAAGGCCCGGAAGAUCCCCAUCAUCAUCCGGCGCUACCUGCCCGACGGCAGCUACGAAGACUGGGGGGUGGACGAACUCAUCAUCACCGACUGAGCCGGCCUCGCCUUCCCGGCUGUGCCUCGUCCCCCGCCCCUGCCCUCUCACUCUUUGUACGUGUAAAUAAUAAACUGUUCGACCUUUCCA